CAGUGAACAUUAAGCGGAGCAGACCAAAAUCCCAAACAAGGAAAUGGUGGGGGAAUAAAACGACCAGAUUAUUUAAUUAAUGCAUGUAAUAAUUAAUAUUUUAUUUUAUUGUAAAUUAAGACGUAUUUAUGGGUUAAAAUGGAUUACGACUUCAAAACAAAGCUGGCGGCCGAGAGAGAGAGAGUAGAAGAUCUGUUCGAAUAUGAAGGUUGCAAAGUGGGUCGAGGCACCUACGGGCACGUUUAUAAAGCUAAGCGCAAAGACGGGAAAGAUGAGAAGGAGUAUGCACUGAAACAAAUAGAAGGCACUGGAAUAUCGAUGUCUGCCUGUAGGGAGAUCGCUCUGUUACGAGAACUGAAACACCCAAAUGUGAUUGCCCUGCAGAAAGUGUUCCUGUCCCACAGUGACAGAAAGGUUUGGCUCCUCUUCGACUAUGCCGAACAUGACCUCUGGCACAUCAUCAAGUUCCACCGUGCCUCUAAGGCCAACAAGAAGCCCAUGCAGCUGCCCCGAGGGAUGGUGAAGUCUCUCCUGUAUCAGAUUCUGGAUGGGAUCCAUUACCUCCAUGCCAACUGGGUGCUCCACAGGGAUCUGAAACCAGCCAACAUCCUGGUGAUGGGGGAAGGUCCUGAACGAGGAAGAGUUAAAAUCGCUGACAUGGGUUUCGCCAGACUCUUCAACUCUCCCCUUAAGCCGCUGGCGGACCUCGACCCUGUGGUAGUGACCUUCUGGUACAGGGCCCCUGAAUUGCUGCUGGGGGCCCGGCACUACACCAAAGCUAUUGAUAUUUGGGCAAUUGGCUGCAUCUUUGCGGAGCUGCUAACGUCCGAGCCCAUCUUUCACUGUCGCCAGGAAGACAUCAAGACCAGUAACCCUUUCCAUCAUGACCAGUUGGACAGGAUAUUCAGCGUCAUGGGGUUUCCCGCAGAUAAGGACUGGGAAGACAUUAGGAAGAUGCCAGAGUACCCGACACUGCAGAAAGACUUCAGGAGGACAACGUAUGCAAACAGCAGCUUAAUCAAAUACAUGGAGAAGCAUAAAGUCAAACCAGACAGCAAAGUUUUUCUCUUGCUCCAGAAACUCCUCACCAUGGACCCCACCAAGAGAAUCACAUCAGAGCAGGCACUGCAGGACCCGUACUUCCUGGAGGAGCCGUUACCAACCACUGAUGUGUUUGCUGGGUGUCAGAUCCCGUACCCAAAACGAGAGUUUCUAAAUGAAGACGAGCCAGAGGAGAAAACAGAAAAGAACCAGACUCAGCAGCACCAGCAGACGACAGGCCAGACUCAGGCCCAGAACCAGCAGCAGACAGCAGCCCAGCAGGCCCCCUCCCAGCAGAGCUCAGCCCAAACCAACGGCACUGCCGGAGCCACGGGGGCCACCGCUGGCGGGGGUCUACAACACGGCCAAGACCAGGGGCCCCCCAACAAGAAACCUCGGAUCGGGCCCUCUGGGGCCUCCUCAGGCACUGGGGUGCUCCAGUCAGAGUACCAGCACUCCAGCUCCCGCCUUGGUUACCAAAGCAGCGUCCAAGGUUCCACUCAGCCCCAGAGCACCAUGGGAUACACGUCAUCAUCCCAGCAGAGCUCCCAGUACUCCCACCAGACCCACCGUUACUGAGGCUCCCAGUCACUCCCGAACCAGCAGAGGAGUCAUCUCCUCCACGUCCACUUCCGUCACCGUACUCCCCCGUCUCCUUCCGGGGCGUCGCUCCCAUAUCCUGGUCAGGACCUCCCUCCGUGCAUUACAUCAUUCCAACUCAACUCACCCUCCGUUUCAACCCUCCCUCACCUUUGACCUCUCUCCUGACAGCCUUCACUGUAACAUGAAGGCAAACGAACAUAGGAACCAAAAAGAUGUAACGAGAAGUUCUGCCUCGUUGGGCUGGUGAACUGAGAAUAAUGUAAGAUAGAUGUGAAGGCGUCACACACACAGACUCAUGGCACUUACAAACACAACGGUCCUCACCAGGAAGAAUCGCAGCUGUGUUCAUAUAUGUACAUUAUAUAUAGCACCUUUUUCUAUUUGAUUUUUUUUCUCACUUAUUUGCUAGAGUUUUCAAGUUUACCUUGAUAGUUGAUGUCAUUGUAAAUAUUGUUACAUAUGAGAGUGAUUGGAUGAAAAGCAGGAGGAAAAGCCCUUUACUGUCAUCUGUAGUGUAAUCUUACCUUGGAUAAUCAAAAGAAAAGUUUGAGCUAACCCUGUCCUUUUAAGAAAAAAAACCCCCACAGUCACAUGUUUCUACACAGAAAGAAUCAGCACUUUAGCUGAUGCAAUUGCAGGGAAAUAUUAAAUGCGCAAUUUAACUUAAUCUUCUUCUUAUAGGGUUUCUAUAUUUAGACCUCUCUUUAUCUAGAUUUGGAUUUGGAAAUUAAGAAAAGUAGACGUCUUUUUACAGCUCUAAGUUCUGUAUAUUCGGAUUCACUCCACUACCUACAUAAGAAACAUUUGACAGACGACAGCCUUUUCAGCGGGCUGGACGCCUCUCGUUUGUGGCCAGCAGCUCUGGACUGGUUCCUUGCUCAGGAGCUGCCGGUGGACACUUCGCUCUGACACACACCUUAUUGAGGACCCUCAAGACUUUCAAGGUUUCUGAACAUGAACGUGCGCAUAAACGUACAGGGCAGCUAACAGUAAGCCCCCCCCCAUAUGCUUCUUGAGACUGUUACUGCCUGAUGUCACAUUGUUUUUGUUUUUUAACGUUUUAAUCUUAUUGUUUUCCUGUGAGUGUGUGUGUGUGUGUGUGUGUGUGUGUGUGUGUGUGUGUGUACAGUAUGUUUUUAUGCAUGGUGUUUUAUCCUUUUACUUACUAGAACUGCACUGACCGCUGAACCGAUCUGCAAAGAGCUGGAACAAAUGUGGAGUGAGUUUUGUUGAACGCUCGUCAACCCUGUGGCCGAGCACUGAGUAGACAUUUGGUAGAGACUGGGGCACGUUCAAAGACAAGAGGUGCGUUCUCUAAUACAUGCCAAGGAGACAGGAGCAACAGUAAUCAAGUAUUAAUGUAAAUGUGCAGCGUAAAUCCUCAGUGCCACUACGACAAGUAUUCUUUUCUAUUAUUUUAUACACAGUAUAAUCACAUCCCCAUGUGUCUGUUUUAUUUUUUUAAUUAACAAUUCAAUCAGUGGUGGUGUGUACACUUACUCAAGUACUGCACUUAAAGGGACAGUCCACCCCAAAAACAAAAACCCAUAUCUUUGCUCUUACCUGUAGUGCUGUUUAUCAGUCUAGAUUGUUUUGGUGUAAGUUGCAGUGUUACAGUGUGUUCACACCGGGCGCGAGUAAAAUAUUCACCUCGCUCUACUCGUGCGAGUUUGACCGCUGGAAUAUUUGUUUUUACUCGCAACAUUCACGCGAGUCAUUUGCGCGAGUAACUGUGUGUUCACACCGCUAGUAAAUCAGACAAGUAUGCCGGCCAGAAAGCAAGCUACAUCGGCUAGUGCUAAUUUUGUUGAUAGAAACGUACAGCCGAUAGUUGGAAUCAAUUUUCAAAACUUACCAGGCAGACCGACCUCCUCACUCACUUUCCUCCACGCCAGGUCUUUCUUGGUCCGAAGCUUAUAAUUUGGGGACGUAACGUUAACGUCAUAAAGCUCAGGGUGGCCACAAACAGCUAUUAUUAGCUUGUCCUCCAUUUUCGGAACAACGCGGGGCAGUUGUUGACCAUUGAGGUCCAUCCAGAUGUGGCAGAGAAGUGUGUGAAGGCUACCUGCGUUCUCCAUAACCCAGACACCUACAGUGAGGGCAAGCAUCCCAGUCGCCGUCGGUGAAGUGGAGCCUGCAUUGAAUAUUAGCACCAAAAUAAAUAUCCAUCUCUCUCCGGUGAGUUUUUGGCUUGUGAAAAUCAAUAAAUAUUAUAUCAAUAAUAAUAUAUCUGGCAAGUCACAUGUCUGUCGCCUGAAUAGAUGUUGUUUACUACAGCGAGACAGUGGCAGUUUUUGGCAUGUGAAAAUCAAUAAUGUUCACUGUAUCCAGCAAGUCACAUGUCGCCUGAAUGAAUGUUGUUUACUACAACGGCAGCAGCACGUCAGUGACGUAGGUGACAACAGGAAAAUCUCAAUGCUGAUAGGCUGCCCCGACACAGCAUCAAGCAAAUAUUUCACUCGAGUUCAAUAUUUUGAACUUGCCUGAAGAGGCGAAUGACGCGAAUUUUGCGUUUGCUCCAUUCGCAUUGCGCCAUUCGCGCCAUUCGCACCGCCGGCACAAAUUCGUGUCUAUUCGCGUCUUUACGUUGACUUUGUAUGUAAUCUUAUCGCGCGAAAAAUUCGCCUCGCACCCGGUGUGAACACACUGUUAGAGAUAUCAGCCAUAGGGAUGUCUGCCUUCUCUCCAAUAUAAUGGAACUAGAUGGCACUCAGCUUGUGGUGCUCAAACUGCCCAAAAAAUACAGUGGAACAUCUCAACAGCAAUGUCUCUUUCCAGAAAUCAUGACCUGGUUACUCAAGAUAAUCCACAGACCUUGUUGUGAGCAGUUUCAUGUGUGCAGUUUCUACCGAACACCACUCGCCAGCUGUAUCACCGCACAGAAGGAAGUGUGCAUCUACUGCUAGCUCACCUAGCACCACAGAGCUAGCUAACAUUACAGCUCAGCUAAGGAGCCAGGACGCCAUUAAUGUUUACAUCUCGCACUGUAGCAAGCACGAGCCUCACGUCCAUGAGUACAUGCACCCUUCCUUUUGCACAGUGAUACGGUUGGCAGGUGUAGUUCUGUAGUAAGAAAAUAGCUCCCACAUGACAUCUCUACAGCUGAUAUCUCCAACACUCUGCAACUCACACCAAAACAAUCUAGACUGAUAAAUAGCACUACAGGAAAAAAUAUGUAUUUCUGAAUUUGGGGUGAACUGUCCCUUCAAAGGAAUACCUUUAUGUUUUGGGAAGUAGGCUAAUUCUUCUUUUUGCCAAGAGACACCACUCUCAUGUCUGUAUGCUAACGAAACAGCUACAGCUGGUUAGCUUAGCUUAGCAUAAACACUUCAAACAGAGAGAGCCAGCUGUUUUCCCCUAUUUUCAACCUUUGUGCUAAGCUAAGCUAUAACGACUGUUUGCUGGUACAAAUUUGAGGUACAGGUGCUUUACGUAAUUAUUUCCAUUUUAUGCUACUUAAAACUUCCACUCCACUAUAUUUAUCUAAGAGAUCAUGUUACUAGUUACAUUACAAAUUAUGAUUUUUUUUUCACAAAACAUCAUAAAAUAUGAUUAAUUUGUCCCUCCAAAAAUCUGUGUAAGGCUAUAACUGAGUCCUAACACAUUAGUUUUGUUUGUGGAGUUAGAAUAUUCCAGCCUCUUUAUAAUGCAAAUUAGUCUGUAUUUUCUAAAUGCAGUGACCCACCUUGUACUUAUUUUUUCAAGAUAAGGUCAGUUCUUUACACAGGUUUAUGUGAAAUGAAAAAACAGUUGAAAUACUCUUACUGCACAUAGAUUUUUUUCAACUUGUUUUAAGAAAACAAGGUUUUUAGGACCCAGUUAUAGUGAGAAUUGUAUUUUAAAGACUGGAGCUUUUGUACUUUUAGAGAUUAACUGCCAACAGUAUAUAAGAAUAUAAAAAAAAGCUGCACCUUAAAUAGCAAAAUGCUACAAACAAUUCAUUUUCAUUCUACAGUACUUUUACAUUUAAAUCUGAAAAUACUUAAGUAAGAUUUUAUGCAAAGCUUUUACUUGUAAAGAGUGUUUUUGUAUUGUUGUAUUAUUCUUACUUUAGUGAACAAUGUGUUUACUGAACAUAGAACAGACAACACUCUCACUUGAAACAGAUCUUCAAGGGCAAACCGCAAAGUGGGGCUUGCUUUCUAUCCCUCUUCUCAUUUUUGUUUCCCCACAACUUGCUCCAUCCUCACUGGCCCUGCUCGGUCACAUGACUGGCCAGCGUGCAGGUUGUAUUAAAGAACGCACCCAAUGACUCAACUGUAACUGUAACUGCGUUUGCUCCAGUACAGACGUGGACAGCAUGAUAGGGGGGGCCUGUAUUUGGCAGAUGUGUGGCCUGCAGUGGGUUUAGGAAACACUGACACCCUGUGGCUGAAAAGAGAACUGGACCUGAAACUGCAGUUAAAAAAGUAGAUACAUGUUUGUUGUUGCAGAAGUUGAAGCAAUUCUCACCAGAGCAUGCAAGAUUUCAAAUGUUGACACUUUGAUCUGGAGUUGUUUGAUUGACAAAAACAUUGACAGACUGGAUCUUGUGUAUUUUACACAUAUUUAAAGCUGCAUUCAUUGAUUUGUUCAGGCCACUUGUGUUCGACAGAAAAAGCAUCAUUUACCUUUUAUCAACUUAUAAAGUGCUGAAGUCCUGAUGUUACCACUGGGCUCGCCUCUCUUCCACUCGCUUCUCAAUGGAGUCUUUAAUUCACCAUUUCUUUUUUUUGAGAACAUGUGGCGUGUUCCUGCUGUUUACUACUUGUAUAUUGAGAGAAAUUUGUUUGUGAACUUAAAGUUAAACAAAGACUAAUUUCUUAUAAAAACAAAAAACAAAAAAAACAAAACAAAAACAAUAGCAACUGAAUGUGUACCAGCACCACAACUCAUCAUAAAUAACAGCUCUGUAUACUGAAAAUAUACAAUGAACCAACACAUUCUUACUACUAGCUCGUCAGAUACGGCAGCUUUGUAAGUGGUCCUCUGUUUCCAACUAUGAUGCUCCAGGUACCCCUGUAGCAUCAGUUUUUGGAUGCUCAGGGAUGGUGUGUCAAAUUCCAAUUGUUACAUGCACAAUGUAUUUUCAAAAUUAGCUCUGUGUUCACAGGAAAUGUAGGUUUCGCCACCAAAACUACUUCAGGUUCAGACAACAAAACUACUUGGUCAGGUUUAGAAAAAAAAGACCAUGUUUUGGGUUAAAAUAACUAAAUUUUUUACAUAACUAAAGUUAAAUGUCAUGUGACCCCAAGGGCUUAACUUUAGUUUGAAUCCUAUUCAUGCAUUUCCAUGUACAUUUAGGGACUAUGGUAACCAAACAAUAUCAGGGGAAUAAUUAAGUUGGUCAUAAUGCAAAAUUCUGCCAGAAUAGUACUAAAUAAGCUGAAAAUGCUGCUCCUCUGUGGCAUUUUUUGAGUAAAUCAGAGCAAAAUUAGCUGCUCAAUUCACAUUCGCAGACACAAUCUGACAGCUAGCCAAACAGUACCAUAUCAAGCAUUAUUUUUAUGGUUAAUAUAUAACCAUAUAAUCCUGUGUCACUGCCUCUGAUGGGCUUGCUUUGGAGUUAGUUGAAAGCCCAGUGCAUCUCAGAUGCUAAAGGGUGUCAUCGGAUGCCAAUGACCACUGAUCAAGCUGCUGUAUUCAAUGCCCUGGUGAUGAGAACAGGCUGGUGAACCACACACAUUUCAAGGCUGGACUUUUAGUCAUUUGCAUCAUAACAAAUGUCUGUCUGAUUUUAAAUUAACUUUUUCUACCUACGUAACAGAACCCACAAGUUCUGGUUUUACUUCAGCUUUCUAUACGGUUGAUACAACUAAUGUAUUAGCAAAAACACAACUAGUAGUCAUGGAGCAACAUGACAGUUAAUUUAGAGUCAUGUUUCUGUCCAGUAUUUACUCUCUUUUUGCCCUUUUAGCUCUGCUUUGGUCUCCAACUCUUGAAUAUAAACACCUUGCUCUUUAGCUGCUAGGUAUAUCAUUACUUACGCUAGCUAGUUGCUGACUUAUGCUAGACAGCUAUUUUUCUCACUGAAAGCAGCUUCCUGUGGCUCUAAGUAAGGUGGAUAAGAGCAGGCAAUGUAUUCUCAAACAAUGUAUGAUGUCUUGUGAAAAUACAGACAACAGUUUGUAUAUCUAACAAAUUAGCGCCCCACGAAUGAAGUUACGUCCUUAACAUAAAGUUACAUAGGUUUAGGUAAAGAAACAUGGUGAUGACGUACUUUAAAAAUUCACUCAAAGUUCACACAGUUCUCAACACCGGUCUGCUGGGGGAAAGUCUUGUGUCGGAAAGUCCUGUAUUUUGUGAGAAUAUCCACCGCCCAACCUGCCCCCUUAUGCAGACAACUUCCUAUUUUACUCCCAUUAGCGCAUUGGCCGCGCUAUUACAGCCUUCCCAAAUCUAUGGGUUAUACAAAAAUUUCUGGCUCAUGAUUAUGUGGGAUAUAUACGAAUUUUGGUGCAUUACUUUUGUAGGUAUACAUACAGAUAGUGUAUGAGAGUAGCUUGGAGCAGAGUUUGUGGGCUUGGAAACCAAAACAAAGAGCUAAAAGAGGCUAAAACAGCCAGUAGAUCUGAGGGGAUCUGUGGAGUCCAGUGAGAAUCCUGUGUGGGUUCAUCACUUUAAGCGACCCCUUUCACAUGAAAUGGUCAUUUGUUCCAUUGUUAAUUAAAAAUAUCGAUAAGUGCAGCUUUAAAGACAAACUUCAGGUAAAGAACUUCCACUCAAAAUGUAAAGCGUGUGUUGCUUUAGUAGUUUGAUUCAUCUUGUCCACUCUGACAGGCAGGCAGGCAGAUCCAGGGGGGACUCAGUCUGUUCACUCAUACGUGAUGGGGGUCAAAACCAGCAGCUAUUCAAAGGUUUUCUCCUCCCUUUAGUGUGUGUAUUUGAAGUAGCAGCGAGGAUAUGUUCAGACGCUUUGCUGUAAAUCUCUCUUUCUCUCUCUCCAACAAGCGAGGUGUCACAAGUAUUACAGAGCGCGAGGCUCCAAAUUACUGUCAAACAACUCCUAUGCAAAAAAAUCCCAGACUAAAGCUUUCACUUAGGUUGCUUAGGUUUUGCAGUUGACAGGUUUUAUUAUGUGUCGAUGGCUGAUGUGUGUUCAGUCCUUGUGUAAUAUUGAGUACAGUAGUCGGCGCUCACUUGUGUCCUUUUUUUCACAGCAUUUUAAAAAUUGUACUCUAAAUGAACUAUUGUAAAGAAAUGCAUAUAUAUGGGUAAUAUACAAUCAUAUUUAUUAUUUCCAUACAUCUAUGAAUAAUACACUUUUUUUUUUUAAACUUUCCUCUGCCUUAACUAUAGUAGCUAUAGAAAGGGACCUCUGUCAGUCGAACCAGGCAUCACUAGACCAUGUUUCUUGUCAUCUUAGAGUCAUUUCCUCUCUAUAUGCUCACAUGAAAUUAAGUCUAGUUACUGAAUGUGUUAAUGCCACCUCAAUGUACAGUAGAAUGAAGGUGACGUGUCGUUUGGGAUCACUCACCGGCUUCUCGUGUCGCGCGGAUAUUCCACACUGUCGCUGUUUUUUACGGGAAUGAUAAUGAUCCACGUUUUUAUUUGUGUGGAUGGUGCCUUUUUUUUAAGUCCUUCAUCUUCUGAAGAUGUCAUGGGAACUCUGUCAGGAUUUUUUUCAUUUUGCGUUUGUAUUUCCACGCCUCCUCUGUCAGCUCUUUGGGUCGAUUUCCUCAAUGUCUUCUUUUAUUUUUUCCUCAUUACUAUGUAGCAUAUUGUUAUUUACACAAUGUGGAAGCUAGCAGCUAAAUAUCUAUGUUUUAUUUCUGUCACACCUCUAAAGACUGCAAACGAUCCCGACGGUGGAUUGUUUUCUCUUCUUCUAGAUGUUGUCCUCACACAUUACUGAAGCGCAGUUAUAAGUAUGUUUUGAAAUGCUGUACAUAAAAACACAUUUUAAGAAUUUCUCAUUGAGAUAUUGAUACAAUAAUUGUCUUUUAAUGCACUGUUGUCGCUCAAAUAUUUAGUGGUAAAUAAAAGUAUUUAAUGUUUUUUUAAUGUCUUGCUUUAGACACUAAAGUUCUGGCAGUGCUAUGAAAGUUAUAGGGCAGACGAUGCUCCUCUGUGUGUGUAGAUAUGGACAGACACACAUUAGUACACGCCUAAAUGAAAUCUAGUGCACCUCUAGGCCGCUCUCCUCUCCCAUUUCCUCCUUUUUGAUAGUAUUGCAUGUGCCUGUCUUUUUCCAAUGGAGAACGUUAAGCACUUAUUGUCGCCCUCUCUUAACAGUUUGUACAGACAGACAGACAGACAGACACUCCAUCUGCAAAUCAGAGUUUCUGCGAUGCCUUCAAUGCCCGUCGUGCCGUUCGUACAACAAGCCCUGUUGAGCUUGUGUCACAAAACGUGGUCGCAAUAAUCCUCUCUCCCAUCAGAGCAUCUUUUAAUAAGCGGUUCCUCAUUGUGAGAGAAAUUCAAAGAUGUGGUCUGACAGAAAACAUUUUGUAAUAAUCGGUGAGCUGCAUCAGCAGAAUGCUUUGCAGGUUGGGGCGUCUGUCCACUCUUCUACAUGCUCUCUGUAUUAUGUGCGUGUGCGCGCGUGUGAGUGAGUGUGAGAGAGUGUGUGUGUGUGUGAAUGUCUUGGUGUGUGCGCGCACAGGUUUGAAAUAUACAUAUGGCCUAAAUGUAUUGUCUUUUCAUAGCAUUUAUAGAUAAGGCAGCAAUAGCUAAGCGCAGAAAAAUCCAAAAAAAAAGAAAGAAAAAAGGAAUUAUUUAGCUGCUUUUAGCAAACUUGUCCAAAUCUCACUGUACAAAUGACUGUUAAAUGAGAAAAAGUCAUGUAUAUUUAUUUUAUAUUCUCUAUUAUAAUAAAAAUCUCUUUUGUCUCA